UAGUUAGGCAACCCGUCAUACACAUCAGUUUUCCUGCUGUGAAUUCUCUUGCAAAAACUUUAUUGUUUCAAUUAAAAACUUACAAUAAACUAGCAAGCGUAUUGAAAACUUAGUUAAACAUGAACUUAUUACCCUCUUUUGCAAGGUUAACAUUAGGCCUUACUUCACCACAAUUUACGCGUUCUGUAUCGACAACUUCAUUACUUUACAUCAGAACAACACCAUGCCUUCUCGCGGAACCUUUGAAGAAAAAGAAACGUAUGGACCCUGCCAUUAUCAAAGCCAGAGAAGACCGUAAGAAGAAGAAAAUUGAGAAACAAAUUCGUCGGCUCGAGAAGAACUCCAGGCAGUUAAAGCCAAUUGAAGAGUGUGAAAUACCACUUGAGAUAACUGAUAAUAAAGGAUUUCAUCAAAGAACUGAUGUUGAAAUAUCAGCAGAAUUGCAAGAGAAGAGGAUUCUUAUUGAGAAGAAAUGGGCAAAGUACAUGAGAAAUGAACAUCUUGCUGAUAUGCAAAUGAUUGACAGGAUAAUGUACUCACAACAGAGGGCUUUAGACCAAUUGAGAUUGGAAUCUGAAGAAUUGUAUCAGGAAGCUAUUCAGCCUGAUUUCACUCUGUUGCCAUUCAAGUCGGAAGGACCGGAUAACACGCCGCCGAUAAAAGAUUACGAAGCGCCUGAUGGUGAUUAUGUAGACGUGUCCAAAGUGUGGUAAAAUUAUCAAAAAUUUUGUUAGAAUUGUCUUUGUAUGAUAAAUAAAAGAAACAAAACAAAAAAUGAGUGAAGCAGUGAUGUAAACUUAAUUCUCAUCCUGAUCUUUUACUGCGAUAGCUGGCGGAGGAUUUCCGCCUGGGAUAAUUAGACAGUAGAGCACAUUAAUGGCCAUUAACAAACCAAUGCCAAGCCCUGCUGCAGUUACUUGAAAAAGUAUCUUAUCGGGGGUACCACCUUUUA